AUGCCAGAGACAUUAACUCACCCACAAAUUCAAGAUGGCUGGUUUCGUGAGAAACCCACGCUUUGGCCCGGUCAAGCCAUGUGUUUAAAAGUUGAAGAAAUUUUAUGUCAUGAAAAUUCUUUGUAUCAAGAUGUCUUGGUUUUUAAAUCAGAAACGUACGGUACCGUGCUGGUGUUAGAUGGAGUAAUUCAAUGCACUGAACGUGAUGAAUUUUCAUAUCAAGAGAUGAUAACUCAUCUUCCAAUGAACAGUCAUCCAAAUCCAGAAAAAGUACUUGUAAUUGGGGGCGGGGAUGGUGGCGUACUUCGUGAAAUCGUUAAACAUAAAUCUGUUAAAGAAGUCGUCUUAUGUGAAAUCGAUGAGGUAUUAUGGGUUUGA